AUGGCAACCAACGGCUGCUUCAUUGCGGCACUGAUAGCCCGCACUCAUGAUCGACUGCCUCUGUGCAGCUACACGGAUGAUAACUACAGCAACGCGAAUGUGAUUCGGCAGCAGGAGCAGCGCAUUGUAGAACGGAUGGAGUCACCGGCGGGUGGUAAGGACCGGGCGGCGGCGAAGGGGAGUUACUACGAGAGCUUUGACCACAAAGACAACAUCUACUUUGCUUUCCAAGACGCGGCGACGGAUUUGACGCUGGUCGUGGCGGUGAACAAAUUGCUACUGCGAAACUCUGGCGACAUCAAUGGCAUGAACAAGCUAGCUUGCGGGCUGCUCGACCUCAUAUUUGGGGAGUUCAUUCAGAUGUACACGCCGGCAGAGAUUGGUGCACCAAACGUGAGAGCAUACCAGUUUAUCAAGUUUGACGCGACGCUGCGAAAGUGCGUGACGCGCAUCAUGCAGCAGGACCGCACCACUGGGGACCGCAUUGUGGUUGGCUCCGGGCUGAGUGGCGGUAGUAGUGGGGCCGGCGCCGACUCUGGCCCAAGCGCUAGCGGUGGAGGGGUGACAGGUAUGAUACGUCGUCAGGUCAACCCACAGUACGAUGCGUUGCGACAGGAGAUCACGGAUGUGCACAUGGUUAUGCGUAAGAACCUGGAGGACCUCAUGACGCGCGGCGAGGGACUCGACGCCAUGACGAACUACUCAGCCGAACUUGUGGACCAGAGCUCCCGCUACUACAAGAAGACGGUGCACAUGAACCGCAUGCGCCUCCUCAAGACGUACGGCCCGCCAGCAGCAAUCGGAGUAUUCCUUAUUCUCUUCUUCUACUUGUACUUUUUCUGA